UGCGGCUCGUUCAGAAUCUGCUGCUCCAGUCUCGCGUCGAGUCCCGUCGCCGCAUCUUUUCGGGGCUCGUUCCCUCCUCCGGUCUUCCUUUACCCUCCGCGGAAACCGCGUGAAAACGUGCAGUGCGCUUCUAUCUCACCGUGUUUCGUUCUAUCUGAAAAGUUUCAACCUUGCGUCCUCUCGGGGGAUGGAUUAAAAGAAUCAGAGGGUGGAUCGCAAGACCGUUUUCCUUUUUUAAUUACUGGGUAUGAGUCGCGUAACCGAAGCCGAUGAAUGGAACUUGGAUCCGAAGCUUGAAAGUGAACUUUAAGUUGCUCGUGGCGGAGUAAUGUUGAUAGUUUCAUUAACAGAAUUCCGCGCGCGUCAUAUUACCCAGCGUCCAGCAGUCAUCGAUCGGGAACCAUGAUCGAGGAACCGAUCGCGGUGUCGAUCGCCAACCGGCGUUGAUAUAUCGUUUGAGACUUGCUGUGUUCCGUGUUUGCGAUCGAUCAUGAGACGAUCGGUCGUGUAACGAACGAACGAAUCGUCACACACGCGUGGAGAAGUGUUAACGCGAAUCUCGAUGAUGAUCGCCGAAACGUCGAGAGCGAUGUUGCUGCUCGCCGCCUGGUUCAUGCUGAUUCUACCCCGAGGUGCGUCGAGCGCGGGCCAGCAACAACGUUACACGACCAGCCCGACCGUCCUGGAUCUGGAUAACACCCUGCAAUCGGUGCCGCCUCUCGGACCGAACGUGUGCAGGUCAAGAUUCAAGAAUUAUUGCUGCCCAGGCUGGACGAAGAAGCCGGAGACCGGCCUCUGCGAAAUUCCUAUAUGCUCGAGACGGUGCGGUCCACUUGGCAGAUGCAUAAGGCCAAAUAUUUGCUUGUGCGAAGGUGGCACCGUGGCCUCGGCUUGCACGAUCAGUCAAACCAAAGUUUCCACGCACGAAAGUGGGAACGCGUUAGACAAGAGUGAAUCUGGAAGAUGCAGAGUGCACUGUAUAAACGGGAACUGCGUGGACGGGAGAUGCCAAUGUCGUAGCGGGUAUCAGGGAGAAUUUUGUAACGAACCGAUCUGUCGAGAACCGUGCUUGCACCAGGGAAGAUGUAUAGGUCCGGAUCGCUGCGCGUGCAUUUACGGCUAUACGGGUAGGCGAUGCGAAACGGAUUACAGAACCGGGCCGUGUUACACGAAAGUGAAAAAUGGUCAGUGUUUGGCGAACCUACAGGGUGUUGUUUGCACGCGCCAGUUGUGCUGCGCUACCGUGGGCAAAGGUUGGGGCCACCCCUGCGAGAGGUGUCCAGCCAGGCUCGACUGCGAGCUGGGUCACUUAAAGACGAACCAAGGCCAGUGCGUUGAUAUCAAUGAGUGCGAGGCGAUACCAGGUCUGUGCGAGGGUGGAAAAUGCGUUAACACCCCUGGUUCGUUCACUUGCGAAUGUCCUGACGGGCAGGCCAGAGAUCCUGACACGAAUUCGUGCAAAGAUAGAGACGAGUGUCAGGAGGAAGGAAUCUGCACGGACGGACGAUGCAUCAACACGAACGGUGGCUAUUAUUGCCUGUGCAACCCGGGCUUCAUUCAGAGUCAGGAUCGAAAAUUCUGCAUCGACGGGAGACAGGGACUGUGUUAUACGUCCGUGAACAGAAACGGGCAAUGCAAGAAUCGACUGGCGAUGAGGCUGAGUAAAAAAGAUUGCUGUUGCGGGAAAAAUAUGGGACGCGGUUGGGGCGAUCAGUGCUACAUUUGUCCGAAUCCCGGAAGCGACGAUUACAACAGGCUUUGCUUGCAACAACUGCAGCCGAUCAUCGCGAUAAACGAGUGCGCGUUGAGGCCGGACAUUUGCGGAAACGGGAAGUGCAUCGACACUAAAGACGGAUACGAGUGCGAUUGUUAUCCCGGAUUCACGAAGAAAGCCGGCAGAUGCGAAGACAUCGACGAGUGUCUGUUGGGAUACUGUCAAGGUGGCACGUGUCAAAAUUACGAGGGGAGCUUCACGUGCCAGUGUCCGCCGGGAUUCGUCGUUUCCGGCGAAGGAAGAUACUGCACGGAUCACGACGAAUGUCAGGAUACGGGAAUGUGCAAUAACGGACAUUGUAUCAAUAUGAAUGGAUCGUUCAAGUGCAAGUGCAACGACGGCUACGCUUUGUCCCCUACGAAAAAUACUUGCAUCGACAUUAACGAAUGUGCCGACAAUCCAAGAAUCUGUUUGAACGGUCGAUGCGAGAACACACCGGGAUCGUAUCAUUGCAUUUGCCAAUCCGGAUUCACCGCUUCGCGUGACAACACGUUCUGCGUGGACAUGGACGAGUGUUCCACGAGCGGGAUGUGCGAAAAUGGGAAAUGCGUUAACAUGGAAGGUUCCUUCAAAUGCGUCUGCGACUCCGGUUUCCGGAUCGGGCCCGAUCAAAGUCACUGCAUCGAUAUUGACGAAUGCCUAAGCGGACCAUGUCAGAAUGGUCACUGCAUCAAUACUCCUGGCAGUUUCCGGUGCGAGUGCCUCGCAGGGUUCAAUUUAGGACUGGAUGGAAGGUCUUGUUUAGACACGAGAAGGGAUUUAUGCUACUCGCAGUACAAAGACGGACAAUGUUCAAAUCCUACAUCGACGGCGGUGACGAAAUCGAGUUGUUGCUGUUGCACUGUGAUACUUGGACAACCAAUGGGCUGGGGAAGUACCUGUCAAGCCUGUCCGCUUCCGGGCACCACCGAAUUCGAUUCUUUGUGCCCGCAUGGCGCCGGAAUGACAUACAAUGGCGACGAUAUCAAUGAAUGCGCGCAAAAUCCGAACAUUUGCGUGAACGGUGGUUGCGAGAAUCUCAUGGGGACCUAUCGUUGCAUCUGCGACAGUGGAUACGAAGUGGACGCCACCGGGAAACUGUGUAGCGACAUAAACGAGUGCGAACUCGAGGGUUCUCUAUGCAGCGGUGGUCAUUGCCGAAACACCCCUGGUAGCUUUCAGUGUGUCUGUCCGAGUGGUACGCGAUUGAACUCGAAGAACCACAUGUGCGAAGACAUAGACGAGUGCGAGGAAUUUGAGCCAGAUGUCUGCUUAAACGGAAUCUGCAUAAAUACUCCGGGUUCCUACGAGUGCGAGUGUUCCCCUGGUUACGCUUUAGAUCACACCGGACGCUUAUGCAUGGACAACAGGAGAGGUUCCUGCUGGACUAAGAUGGUAGACGGUCGAUGCGAAUAUAAUCUGCCACGAUUGGCACUCAAGUCGGAGUGCUGUUGCUCCGUGGGUGUCGCUUGGGGAAGUCCUUGCGAACUUUGCGAUCACUCUGUCUGUGAGUGCUCGAAAGGAUAUGCGAAGUUCGCUGGCAAGGAUUGCGUGGACGUGAACGAGUGCGAAUUGAACAGCGGUAUCUGCAAGGGUGGUGGUACCUGCGUUAACACCGACGGAUCCUACCGUUGCGAAUGCCCUCCCGGUCUGACUUUAGACGCGACUCGUAAGAAGACUUUUUUAAUUUCAUUUCUUGCUAGCACCGGAUUCGCAUUGAACCUGGACGGAAGAUCGUGCGUGGACGUAGACGAAUGCAAAGAGAAUUCCAGAAUUUGUAACGGAGGCAAAUGUUCGAAUAUAGCCGGCGGCUACAUAUGCACUUGCACCGACGGAUUAGUACCUGGCAAGGAUGGCAUAUCCUGCAUAGACGUGGACGAAUGCGAUUCGCAGCCCCACAUUUGCGGUUACGGCGAAUGUUACAAUACGAUCGGAUCGUACAAUUGCCGUUGCGAGGAGGGAUACUCUGUAAAACCCGAACAAGGUCCAGGAUGCACGGAUGACGAUGAAUGUCUACUAAACGCGUAUUCCUGCAGCGAGUUCGCGGAGUGCCAGAAUACCCAAGGUUCCUACGAGUGCACUUGUCACGAAGGUUUCGUAGGCAACGGAGUCGAAUGUAGAGACGUCAAUGAAUGCCUGACGAAUAACGGAGGAUGCGAUUCUAACGCCCAGUGCAUCAACACCGAAGGGUCCUUCAAAUGCGUCUGUGACGCCGGCUUCAGAGGCGACGGGUACACGUGCAAAGACAUCGACGAAUGCGCGAACGACAAUACUUUGUGCGAGAACGGGCACUGUCUCAAUUAUCCCGGAUCAUUCAGGUGCGAAUGCGAGAUGGGCUUCAUGCACCCGGACGAAAACAACGAGCAGACUUGCGUCGACAUAAACGAAUGCGAGAUGUUCAGCAAUCUGUGCGUGUUCGGUCGAUGCGAGAACAUAUUCGGAAUGUUCCGUUGCGAGUGCACCGAGGGCUACAAAUUGGACGGUUCCGGUGGCAAUUGCACGGACAUCGACGAAUGCGAGAAUCCACUUUAUUUCGAACGAAAUAUGAUAAUUUUGAUACAGCUUUUAAAGCACUAUAUUACAGAUAGACGAGAAUCGUUCUGUUUCACUGGUUACGAACACGGAACUAAUAAACCGCAGUGCGUCUUCGAUAUUGGCUCCGCUAUGACCAAAGCGUCGUGCUGCUGCAGCAUUGGUACUGCUUGGGGCAAUCGAUGCGAGGAGUGUCCCGAAGAGGGAAGCAAAGAGUUCGAGGAACUGUGUCCCGGUGGCCUCGGAUUCAGACCUAACAAAGUGACCGUGAUCUUAGAAGACAUCAACGAGUGCGAGGAACACGAGAACAUUUGUCAAAACGGGCACUGUACCAAUACGUUUGGUAGCUUCAUGUGCUCUUGUAACGAGGGCUUUGUUUUAGACGAUACCAAAACCAGCUGUAUAGACAUAAACGAGUGCGCCUUGCAUCCACAAAUUUGUGGCGUGGGAUACUGCAUCAACGAUCAAGGAAAGUAUCAUUGCGAGUGUCCAGAAGGGUACAUGGCAAUGCCAGGAGGAAAGGAAUGUGUGGAUAUGAGAAAAGAAUCCUGCUACCUCAGUUAUGAUGCGGGACAAUGUUUCAAUCCCAUGGUUCAACCGCAGACGAAAAUGUUGUGCUGCUGCUCUAUGGGAGCGGCAUGGGGAAGUCCUUGUGAACAGUGUCCCGCGGAAAGAACUCGGGAACACGAGAUUCUGUGCGGUAUGGUACCCGGCCAGAUAAUGAAUCCUAUAACGAACCACACCGAAGAGAUCGACGAGUGUUCGCUUAUGCCAACGAUGUGCACUCACGGCCGUUGCCUAAACACUCCUGGGAGUUUCGAGUGCCAGUGUGAACGUGGAUACGUCUACGAUCAAGAUUCCCAUCAGUGUAUCGACGAAAACGAGUGUUUGCAGAUUCCAAACCCUUGUACCGGUAAUGCGCAAUGCAUAAACAAGCAGGGUUACUUCGAAUGCAUUUGUCCGGUCGGAUACAAGCUUGGACUCAGCCAACGAGACUGCGUCGACAUCGACGAGUGCUACGAACGACCCGGAAUUUGCAGCAACGGGGCUUGUAACAAUCUGCAGGGUAGCUUCCAAUGUGUCUGUCACUCUGGUUUCACGCUGACCCGGGACAGGGACAACUGCGUCGACAUCGACGAGUGUCAACGCAAUCCGAAUAUUUGCAAUAACGGAACUUGCGUCAACACUCUCGGAUCCUAUAAAUGUAUUUGCUACCAGGGUUUCAAGCUCAGCCCGAACAACGACUGCGCUGAUAUUGACGAGUGCAGGAUUAUGCCGUUCCUCUGUCGCAACGGAAGAUGCCGGAACACGAUCGGUGCAUUUAAUUGCGAAUGCGCUGACGGAUACGUCUUGGCUCAAGACGGCCAGCACUGCAGAGACAUCGACGAGUGCCACGAAAUUCCUGGGCUCUGUCAAUCGCCAGGGAAGUGUCAGAACUUAAUGGGCUCUUACAUAUGCAACUGUCCACCUGGUUACGAGUUGGAUCACACCAGAAAAAAGUGCGUGGACGUGGACGAAUGCGUGGAGACCCAAGGAAUCUGCGAGAACGGCCGAUGUAUUAACACGGAGGGAGGCGUUAUCUGCGAGUGCCCCGUUGGGUACAGAUUGAGCGACAAACCGAACUCAAUGAGAUGCAUCGACGUUAGAGAAGAAUUUUGCUACGACCGAUACAUAAGACACCUGGGAGGGCGAUGCUCUCUUCCUAGAACAGGUUCCAUGACGAAGAAGCACUGCUGCUGUACAAUGGGAAAAGCGUGGGGAAAAUACUGCGAGCAGUGUCCUUCAGAAGAUAGCGAGGAGUUCCGGAGACUGUGUCCUGAGGGACCAGGCAGAGACGAUACAGGGAUCGACUUGAACGAAUGCCUGUUCAUGCCGGACGCCUGCGCCGGUGGCGAGUGUAUAAAUACGGACGGCUCGUUUCGCUGCGAGUGCCCGUCGGGGUAUGUGCUGGACGCCAGCGGCAGACGUUGCGUGGACAACAAUGAGUGCUUGAUUCAGCAAAACAUAUGCGGUAACGGAACGUGCACCAACAUCGAGGGCGGUUUCGAGUGCUCGUGCAAUGAGGGAUUCACCCCGGGGGUGAACCAAGUCUGCGAGGACGUGAACGAGUGCCUGGAACUCGGCAACCAAUGCGCCUUCCGGUGUCACAAUGCACCGGGCUCGUUCAGAUGCAUCUGUCCUUAUGGAUACACUUUGGCUCCUGAUGGACGACACUGCAUAGACGUCGAUGAAUGUGCGACGCCAGCGAACAAUUGCAAAUAUCAAUGUAAAAACUUGAUCGGUUCGUUCAUGUGUAUUUGUCCACCCGGUUACCAACAAAUCGGUAUGACCGACGAAUGCAAGGAUGUCGACGAGUGCGCGAUUAAUUCCGGUCUAUGUAGAAACGGACGAUGCAUAAAUUUGGAAGGCAGUUAUCAAUGCCUUUGCUAUGACGGUUUCGAAGCGAGUCAAGACGGAAAGUUUUGUAUAGAUCGCAGAGUCGGUUAUUGCUUCUUGCAAACGAUCGGUGGCCGAUGCACUGCGAGAACUUCCGAUCUAAAGACAGUUACUAAAGCGGAUUGCUGUUGCACAAUGGGCGCAGCCUGGGGACCACACUGCGAGAUUUGCCCUUCGAAAGACUCGGACAAUUACAAUGAACUUUGCUUAGACAAAGGUUUCUCCGUGGAUGGACAAGACAUCGACGAGUGCAGAACAAUUCCCGACUUGUGUAAAAAUGGGUUGUGCAUCAAUACCCUCGGUUCUUAUCGAUGCGUCUGUAACAAGGGCUACAAGGCUGAUAAAACUGGGACCCAAUGCGUCGAUAUAAACGAAUGCGAGCUAACACCGAGGCCAUGCAAGUACAACUGCCAGAACACGGAGGGUAGUUUCAUUUGCUCGUGUCCCGCCGGAUUCAUCUUGAACCCGGACGGCGUCAGUUGCAGAGAUCUGGAUGAAUGCGCGAGUGGCAAUCACUUGUGUCAACAGAAUUGCAUCAACACUCAAGGCAGUUACACUUGCGGCUGUCAAGAGGGAUACACGCAAAACGGAGACGCCUGUCACGACAUAAAUGAAUGCGAUCAGCCGGGAACUUGUCCUAAACCGGGAACUUGCAUCAAUACUCUCGGCAGCUUCCGGUGCAUCUGCCCAAGAGGAUUCAAGCUCGAUCAAUCCGGGAGAUAUUGCGUCGACCAGAACGAGUGCGCGGACGAUACUACUUGCGAACAUGGUUGCCAGAACUUUAUGGGAAGCUAUCGUUGCGGAUGCCCCGAGGGAUUCGUUCAGCAUCUCUAUUAUAAUCAAUGCAUCGACGAAAACGAGUGCAGCACGUCACCUUGCGGUGACAAUACUUGCAUCAAUACAAUAGGAAGUUAUAAGUGCGGAUGCCCGGAUGGUUAUCAAUUCGACGGGAACUUGCAGAUUUGUGUCCAAGUGAGCGCUGGGUGUAUGGGAAGUCCUUGCGCGUUUGGGUGCACACCGAAUGGAGCGAGCGGUUUUAUUUGCGGAUGUCCGACUGGUUAUCAACGAAUUGGACAAGGUCACUGUUUGUCAACGAUAAAUCCGUUAUCGCAAGGGCACUACGGCGAGGACAUCAGCAACGCGCCUACCUUCGUAAUCAAUCCAGAUCCUUAUCACAUACCACCCGCGGAUGAUAAAACUAUAUCGACGGAAGGAUGUUUCUCUUGCAAGAUUAACGGUAAUGGAAGACAUAGAAGAGGUGUGCGGACGAAAUCGGUAGACAGAGAAUCGAACACGCGACGAAGAGAGAUCAUGAGGAAACGAUUCGCCAGGUCGUCUGCCAGACGACAUCAUCACGGCGAGGAAUACGUUCUGAAGAUCAGCUUACGACAGACCAGGCACCGAAUGAGAAUCCUUAAAUUGCAACCAGCUGUUAAGGACAAGGAUAUGGAGUACACGAUAGUCAAAGGUAAUAAGGACGAUCAUUUCCAAAUCGUGAACGAUCACGGUGUUUGGGCGCUUCACUUCCGUCAUCGAUUAAAGGAACCCGGUCAGUUCCAUUUGACGAUACACGGCCGUUCGAGAGACGAUAUCACCGAGGAAAAUGAAGUAUGGGAAAGGCCCUUGACUCUCCGAGUGCACUUGAUAGCGACGGAAUAAUUGUUUUAGGCAACCGUGUUACUCGUUUCGAUGCUUCCGACAUUUUUUCUUAGUCAAUUUCUAGGAACACGGAAACGAAAUCGAUUGCCGGGCUGAGUAUUAUUACACAGGCGCGAUUCCUUCCUCGAAUCAAUACUAAACUAACGUCGAAAUUUGUGUUCAUUUCUAGCUUGACUUGCGUUCUCUCACUGCCAGAUAAUUACUUCCUAUUUUUUAAACCGAUUUUCUAACUGCCCUUGCUUCUAUUUGUUUUUACGACAGGUACGUUUCAUUUUUAAAAUAACCAAAACUAUAUAAAAAUGCGAAACUGCCUUUAGAAUCACUGAUGUAAACAACUGCCCGCAACAAUAUUAUUACACGUAUAGACAACCACUUAGGGAUGUACAAAAAUUAACGAAUUUUUCUUAUACGUCUAAGUAAACGAAGAAGAUGUAUACAUAUACAGAAUAUAUGUAUAGCUUUAUAUAUUUAUACAUAAUAUAAUUUUAUAGUCGACUAGCAAGUAACAAAACGACACUAGCUGGUGUAAACAUUAUGAAUACACGAUGAUUACACUGUCGCGCACCAAGUGCCUUCAGGUCAAUUAAAAGAGAAUUACGUAAGGAAAGUAACAUUAAUCGAUAAUAUGUACAAUAUUAAUUAACGGCGAUUUCUUAAUUACACAAUUAACAGUAUCGCCUUUACGAUAAAUAUGUGAAUAGACGUAACGAUAAUUUUGUACAAUCGGCGCGAAUACGGAAAUUAGUUCAGCCGAAAUAAUUCACAAAUAUAUGUAUUAUAAAUCCAA